AUGGAGAGGAAGGAGCAAUUAACCUUUACCUUCUACUGUCCCAAGGUUCCCAAAGUCAAGGGGUACCGGAAAUACCAAAGGGCUACCCUCCCCACCAACCAACAUCCGGGUGCCUCGAUGCCACCCCAGAGGAUGCAGCAGCACGUGGACCAGACACACGCCUACAUCCGAAUGUUCUGUGGCAGCCUCUGUGGUUUUAGCCUCCUAACGCUGAUCUGCAUGUCCCCACUGAACUGGGUGCAGUUCCUGGUGAUCAACGAUGGCCUUGAGCUCUACGCAGGACUCUGGAUCUCAUGCCACCAUGAGCUGUGCUGGGGCCACACAGCCAAGCCACCCUAUUACCUCCAAUAUUCCAGGGCCUUCUUCCUCAUCUCUGUCCUCACCAUACUUGUUGCUCUUGGCUGGCUCUUCAGAGCUUGCCUCCCUAGAAGAGGAAGAAUGACUCCUAACUUGGAUCUGAAGGUAUCCAUGCUCAGCUUCAUCUCAGCCUCCUGCUUGCUCCUCUGCCUCAUCCUAUUUCUGGCACAGGUUCACUGGCAUUCUAGAGAUGCCAUGGAAUCAGAUCUCCUAUGGACCUAUCAUAUUAAUUGGGGGAGUGACUUCUUAUACAUGUUUGCUGGGAUUAUCUCCUUCCUCAACCACAUAACUUCCAGAUCUCCUCCCCUUGAUCAAAAUGUCACUGCAGUUCCCAUAGACAAGUCAAGGCUGGGGAUUGGUCCAGUGACUACAGUACCGCCUGCUGAAGAUGCUGAGUCAGGGUUUCAGACAGAAUCUACAAGUGAGAAAGAGAAAAAACUAUCAAGUACAGAACUGUGAUGGUGAUAGGAUAACCCAACUACUUCCUGUCUUAAAACAGGGGAGGAGAAGCUAACUGAGUAGGGAAUGAUUGUGCAGAUUCGAGGAAACUCUCCUAAUACCAUGGCCAUAUUGCUGAAGGAGAGAGCAUUAAAGCUGAUGAAAUGUCCUUGGUGUAUGUUGCAUCUAAAAUAUGUAUGGUAGUCAUAAAGAAAAUAAUGAAAACUCACCCGAGAAAAAGUUUCGAAAAGAAAACAUCAGUGUUUAGGGUCAUGAAUGAAAGAAACUAGCAAUAGAUGCAGUGCGUGGAUCAGAGCUCUCUUUGGGCAUCAGGGGUUUCAUAGACCAGAAUGGUCAAUGUAGAAAAAUGUCACCAAAUUUUGUUUGAAGUUUUCUUUAUC